AUGUGUUGUACGGGGAAGUGUGCCCGCCUGGUGGGUCUGAUCCUGCUGCCUACAGCGUUCAUCUGCAUGAUCGCCAACCUGCUGCUGUUCUUCCCCAACGGGGAGAGUCUGGAUAAUGAUCAGAUCUCCCUGCAGGUCUGGCUCAUGGGGGGGCUCAUCGGAGGAGGCCUCUUUAUGCUGUGCCCGAGCUGCUCGGCUAUCAGGGCCGGGGGCAAGGGUUGCUGCGGAACAGGUUGCUGUGGCAACCGCUGCCGGAUGCUGAACUCUGUGUUCUCCUCUGCGUUCGGCCUGGUCGGAGCGAUCUACUGCACCAGUGUGGCCUCUGCUGGUCUGGCUAUCGGACCCAAGUGUCGGGUGGCCGGUGGCAAAUGGGAAUACCCCUUUGAGAACCUCGGCGUUGGCAAUACCAGCUACCUUGUAAACCAGACCCUGUGGACACUCUGUGUGUAUCCUGACAACGCGGUGAUGUGGCACGUCGUUCUGUUCUCCAUACUGCUCGCCGUGGGGGUGGUGCAGCUGGUGCUCUGCGGCCUCCAGGUCGUCAACGGCUGCUUGGGAUGCAUCUGCGGGGACUGUCGCAAAAGCAAAGAUGAUGACAGUGGAUUGUGAAAGUGAAGAAGACGCGGCCUGGUUGUGACCCACCGUCACAACAGCCACAAUACUUUGAGAUGAAACAAGUAUUUCCUUUUUUGUGUGACUCUUUUGUCUAACAUCAAGUCUUAUGGCUAUUUUAAUUAUGUCAACGCCCUCACUCCAUUUUGUUUCAAUUGUAUUCCAGCUGGUGGUUUACGUG